AUGUAUUACUUCCGGGCGGAGAAGCAGGGCACUUACUUUGAGGGCUGGUCGAUGCGUCUCUUCGCCUUCGACUCACAGCGGCGCCACAUGUACUACACGGAGCGUGAGAAGUGCGUCAAUCGCAGCCCCAACGGUGCCACCGAGACGCAUUGGCCGACAGGGAGCCCAACCGCACCGCCGUGGAAGAAGAAGUUUAAGGUCACCAAGCUGGUGGUCGUGUCCACUGUGCACGAGUUCCACCUGGACGACCCGCACCUGAAGGAAACGGACUUCUUUACGCUGGAGCUACACGGCAGGACGCGUGCCUUGGCGAGUGAUGAGCCACCGGCGGAGCCGCUGCUGAUCCCUGCGGCCACGGAGGGCGAUGGGUUGCAGGGAGCAACUCUGGAACCGGCGAACCGAGACCCGUUCCGUCUGUGCCAACUGUACGAAUUGCUGCGAGACCAGUUCUCAACACUCAGCCGCAAUCAAGGGCUGCGUGCGACAGCCUCAGCCAUCUCAGUAAGCUCCCAGUCGGCUUUGAGUGAAACAGAUCAGGUGCGUACAAUCCAGUCCCCGCGCAGUACCUCGGCGAAGGAGCGGCACAUCGUUGCCACAAUACGCUGCUGUAACGAGGAGGACUUCCGGCAGGUGUGGUAUAUCGUGCAAAUGGUGCUUGGCUUUGACCGACUGACCAUACGCCCCUACCGUGGCCUCCCGCCAUACGACCCACGCAAUGGCAUCCCUUUUGGGCACAUUCCCAUGCAUCUUUGGCACACAUUUAUGGAACUGGAGAAUUCCGUCUUUUAUGUUUUUAUUCGUGGGGAUCUUGUGGGCCAUGAUCACGAAGGGAACGCAGAAGUGUGGCUGCCAAACGCAUAUCUCUGCAUCACUCACGACAUGGUAUUGGUGAUGCGUGAAAAUGGAACGAUUCCGCGGUGGAUUCAUCUUUAUAAUGUAAAUACUUUUGAAUAUAACACCGUUGCGAAACGUCCCUUUUUUGCAUUUCUCACGGACGAUCCGUCACCGGACGUGCUCUUUAUUCCCAAGCCACCAGUGUAUGGCCCCGUCGCCAUCUCGAACUUCUCCGGAAAAAAGGUGGUUCUUAACGUGUGCUCCAUUCUUCGGGAGGCGUGCUUUGCAUCCAACGGCAUCCGCCGCGCGACGGAGUUUUUGGAUGCGGACUGGGCCAGCAGCGUGCGCGAGUACUUCAACACAAAGGAGAAGACGCGCCGCUUCAAGUUCUCGCCCCUCGAUGGAUUUGACCACUCCUUCAGCUGCCUCAUCCCGAAGGUACAUCUGGCGAGGGUGUGGCGGGAGGUCCUGCGGGAGCAAAAUGCGCGGUCGCAUGACGACGUUGCGGCCAUCCCGUUGGAGGGCACCGGCGGUCAAACAAUUCUCUCCGGCGCUGACAUGAAAUCCGUACGGCAUCAAAUGGAGGUGGAGCGAUCGCGCUCACACGACGAGAUUGUUGGCAUGCCGCUUGACAAGCUGCUCGGUCAUCGCCGCGAGCGGUUAAAUGCGUCUUUGGAGGCACCGAAGAUACGGCCGGACAACUUCAGCCGCAACCCCACGCAGGGCUCGGAGGAGGUGGUCUACCAGGAGCCGGGCGCCCAGUACAUUUGCCCCGACACUUCGCUGAAGGUGUCAAACACCGGAAGGGAGAAGAAAUUUGGCCUGGAAGGUAAAGUGGACGAACUCGUGAAUGCCAGUUUUGCCGCAAUGGGUAUUGCCAAGCCUUCAAGCUGA